CUUUGGCGGUUCGUUGUCGUCUUAUGCGGUUGUCUCAUCGACCUGUCGUGGCUUCAUGAUUAUCAUUCCUGGUCUUCUUGAUGCCGCCUCACGUCAUCACCCUCGCUCCUUCACUCCAGUGUGCUGGGGCUGAGGGGGUCACAAAGAUCCGAAGAUGGCCGGAGAGCAGCCCGACCGAGGAACAGUAUGCUGUGAGCUGCAGCGGCGGCAGAGAGCGGUGCGGAUCCCCGUGUGUGUCGGUCUCCGGAGGCGGGGCGGACAUCUAGCCGGACCUUAACUGUUGUGGAUCUCCAUCCAUCGAACCCAUACACACGCAUCCACAUACAUUUUCACGCAGACUGGACAAAGACACUUUAACACCCCCGGCUGGGAUUCAGAUUCACUCACCACAGAACCAGCCUGUCUCAUUCCUGCUUCUAUCGACAGCUGACCUGUAACCAGUUGGAGAGAGAGAGGAGCAAAUGGAAAGGGAGCAGCAAGAAGGAGGAUGAGCGAGAGAAAGCAGGACCCGAGAGAUUCCUCAUGCCCAUUGGGAGCCCCUCGCUCUGCAGACUGCUGAUUUAAAAAAGAAUAAAGGGGACUUUGCCUAAAGAGGCCCAACAGGAUUUUGACUUCUCUUCAGCGUGUUGUCCUUUAGCGGGAGUCCUCCCUUUUGUCUCGGGAGGAGCUGUCAUGACAGUACUCUGAAAAUAGAAAUAAGUUCUUUUUUUAUCCAUUUUACCCAGAAUCCAACUACUGCUUUUUACCUAAAACAAUUAUUUGCCAUGGAGAAGACAUACUCACUAACUGCCCACUAUGAUGAGUUCCAGGAAGUAAAAUACGGCGGUCGGUACAGCAGUGACAUCCUAAGCAAUGGCAUGACCCUUCACCUGGGGGGCAGCCUGGACCGCCAUAUGGGGCGAAGCCGAGGAGGCACUUUGUCAAACGGUCGAAACAAAGAUCCAAGCAACGCCAGCAACAGUGGAGGGCUUCCUCGAUGGAGCCGGAGGGAGAUCUGCCUCCUCUCUGCACUGGUCUUCGCUGCAGGCAUGUGUGUUAUCUUGGGGAGCAUGCUGGCACUCAAGUACAUUUCCCUGGACGCCCAGCAGGACCCACAGUGCCGACAGGACUGCCAACGCAAACGCUCCCUGCUGCGCACGGCUCGCUUCGUUCAGUCCAAUAUUGACCCAACCAUCCAGCCCUGCCAGGACUUCUACUCGUUUGCCUGUGGCGGUUGGUUGAGGCGCCACGGCAUCCCAGAGGACAAGCUCAGCUAUGGCAUCAUCACGGCUAUAGGGGAGCACAACGAGGAGAAACUACAGCACCUCCUUCUGGAGCCAGUACGGAGGCGUGGGCACAACUCUGCAGAGCGCAAGGUCAAGGAGUUCUACAGAUCUUGCGUCAACAUCCAGGAAAUCGACAAGCUGGGCUCUGACCCCAUGACGGAGGUGAUAGACAGCUGUGGGGGGUGGGACCUGGUGGGGGCUCCUCCGGGUUCUGCUGGGUGGGAGAGCGAUGGUGCGCCACAGAGGCCGGACUUCGAUGAGCUAUUGUACAGGACACAGGGCGUGUACAGCACUGCCGUCUUUUUCUCCCUCACUGUCAAUGUGGACGACAAAAACUCCUCCAGGAACGCUAUCAGGGUUGAUCAGGAGGGGCUCACACUCCCAGAGAGAAGCCUCUAUCUGGGACAGGAUGAGGACAGUGUGAAGAUCCUGGCGGCGUACAAGGCCCUGAUGGAGCGCUUGCUGAGCAUGCUGGGAGCUCAAGAACCCACGCAGAAGUCCAAGGAGAUUAUACAGCUGGAGACUCGUCUGGCCAAUAUCACUGUGUCAGAAUAUGAUGACCAAAGAAAGGACAUCAGCACCAUGUACAACCGCAUCACCCUGAGGCAGCUACAGCGCAUUGCUCCUAGUCUGACCUGUAACCAGUUGGAGAGAGAGAGGAGCAAAUGGAAAGGGAGCAGCAAGAAGGAGGAUGAGCGAGAGAAAGCAGGACCCGAGAGAUUCCUCAUGCCCAUUGGGAGCCCCUCGCUCUGCAGACUGCUGAUUUAA